AGCUGAGACAAGUCGGGGUACACUUUGCCAUCUUUUCACAUGACAGCAAAGCUUCAUUAUCCUUAUUUUCAAACUGCAUACGGUUUAAAACUUCCUGUAAACGAAAUGCAGCCGGUGUCCAAAACUCCGGAGAGUCCGCGAGGCUGAAGGCGAGCGCGCGACUCAGACAACCGCGCUGUUCAGAAGAACUUUGUCGCGUCGCGUCGCGUCACUGCCUUAUUCAGGAACAAGAGCAACAUGUCAGAGCAGCAUAUGGACGGCGCAGGAGCUCUUGCACUGAAAAACCCCAAAGCAUCACACAUCCAACAGACGGCAGGAUGCAGUCAAGGUGUUACCACCAAUCCACUGGCCUGGGCCAGGACAGAACUGACCACCUUGAUCUGCAGAUGAAGGUCGACUUCUUCCGUAAGCUGGGUUACUCUCCAGAAGAGGUGAAGGCCGCCCUGAGGAAGCUGGGCUUUGGGACGGACACCAACGCCGUACUAGGGGAGUUGGUCCGUUCAGGGGCGAAGGCCAUGCCCUCUUCCAGCUCUGACAGUGAUGAUGGUGGCUUCAGUUUGCCCCAUCGGGGAGGAAGCUCAUCUAGGGGACAGGGCUCAACGCUGGAGGACAACGGUGAACCCGAAAGUGACCUGAAACCUAUAGUCAUUGAUGGCAGCAACGUGGCCAUGAGUCAUGGGAACAAGGAAGUGUUUUCAUGCCGAGGGAUUGAGCUGGCAGUCAACUACUUCCUUGACCGAGGACACAGAAAUAUCACUGUGUUUGUGCCUUCCUGGAGAAAAGAGCAGCCCAGGCCUGAUGUACCUAUUUCAGAUCAGCAUAUUUUGGAAGAGCUGGAAAGGAAGAAGUUUCUGGUGUUUACACCUUCACGAAGGAUCGGAGGGAAGCGUGUGGUCUGCUAUGAUGAUCGCUUUAUUGUCAAGUUAGCUCAUGAUCUGGAUGGCAUCAUAGUGUCCAAUGACACCUAUCGUGACCUGCAAAGUGAACGUCCAGAGUGGAAGCGUUGCAUUGAGGAGAGAUUGCUUAUGUACUCCUUUGUUAAUGACAAGUUCAUGCCACCUGAUGACCCACUCGGCCGUCAUGGUCCCAACUUGGAUAAUUUCCUUAGGAAAAAAACAACAGCGUCGCUUGACCACAAGCGCCAACUCUGUCCUUAUGGAAAAAAGUGCACAUAUGGGAUCAAGUGUAAGUUCUACCACCCAGAGCGCACUAACCAGUCACAUCGCUCUCUAGCCGAUGAGCUUCGAGAGAAUGCCAGACUAUCUGGUUCUAAAGAGGACAGCAGAAUAACUGGUAGAGGCAUUUACCCAAGAAAUGACCCCGGGUUUGGGUCCAGCUCUCCCUCUUUGGAGCAAGAACUUGAACAGAAGCUCAAAUUGGAGGCCGAGAGCUCUGACAGCAGGGAUGUCAUGCUCAAUUACUGGGAUGACAUUUUGUCCAUGAAAAAGUCCUUAAAUACAGCCACAGUGGCUGACAGAACCAGUCUGCAAGCGCCAUUCUCAACUAACCCUUCGUCCAUUUUCAGUUCCGACUCUGGGCUUGGAUCCUAUGAAAUGUUUUCAGAGUCAUCCCAGAGCACUGACGACUUGCACAGGAUGAGAUUGAGUCAUCCACAAUUAUCCGGUAUCCCUUCCGCACCUGCAGGUGGCCAGCGCUACCAGUCCAACAUGAGUCCUUUCACGAACUUUCAGCCCAACUAUAGUGCCUACAGUUCCCUGCCUCUGACCAACCCUGUCCAGAGUUACAGUCUUCCUGCUUAUGGUGGCUGGUCAUACCCUCUCUACUUGCCACAGGCGAGCAGUUUACCCGAACCUUUACCCUGCCCUAGCUCGCACAGGUCUCCUAAUGCCUACGCAAGCCAGCAGCACUCAGCUGUGCCACAGUCCAACGCUUUCCAGGAAGAAAGAGAGGAGGUCAGGAAGAAACUUCAUGCAAUUUUUAACCCGCAUCACGUAAACAAAGUUAUGGAAAUGUUCCCACAGCUGAAAGAUGCACAACAGCUGGCUGCAGAGGUUCUCAAACUCAAGUCCAGGGGAGUGUUCUUCUGAUUCUUUGAAACUUUGGAACCACGAAAAAGACAAGGCAUGACAAGUCCUGUCGGAGCCAAUAACCUCAGGGGCAGUGCUCCAACAGGUAGCGCUUUUGCGCUUUGGGCAACCUGAGUUCGAGUCCCGGCUGUCUUUCACCUUUCCCAAUCCUGUCCCCCUUUCUCUCCCAUUUCACUUCCUGUCAGUUCUCUAUACCAGGGGUGUCCAAACUCGGUCCUGGAGGGCCAGUGUCCUGCAGAGUUUAGCUCCAAAUUCCCUCAACAUUCCUGCCUGGAAGUUUCUAGUAUGCCUAGUAAGACCUUGAUUAGCUGGUUCAGGUCUGUUUAAUUGGGGUUGAUUUUUGGAGCUAAACUCUGUAGGUCAGUGGCCCUCCAGGAGUAGGAUUGUACACCCCUGUUCUAUACUAUCCUAUCUCAUUAAAGGCAAAAAUGCCAAAGAAAAAUAAUAAUAAAGAACAAUCUGCCCAGUAAGUAAGUCUCACUCUCAGACAAAAAAAUGUGCAAAAAUUUAUAUUUAGGGGUACAAACAGCUUGUCUCUGAGGAAAUAACCUUAAAGCAGAGAUUUUUCAACCCUGCUCCUGGCCAGGGAUCCACUGUGCUUCAAGGCUUAGUUUCAACCAGCUUCAACACAUCCUGAAGACCUUGAUUUGCUCAGGUGUGUCUGAUUAGUGUUGGAACUAAACUCUGCUUGUUACCCCUAAACAAUGCUGCAUAUUUAGCGAUUUUUGUCGCUAGAAUUAGCAAGUUCCCCGUCCCUUUGAGACUGUUUUUCAAAAGCCUAGCGACAAAUCUAGCAACUUCUUGGACAAACCUUUUCUUGAUUCUGUGACUUGCCCACUUAUUAUUAUUAUUAUUAUUAUUAUUAUAUAAAUCGGUGGACUCGCCAGUACGAUGUCAUCCAGCGACGUUUAGUGACCAGUUAUAGCUACUUUCAACUGAAAGCAAUUGGCAACAUUGCCCCUAAACUCUCAUGGUACCCCUAGAAAGUUCAUUGUUACUUUAAGGGUACAUGUUACUACUCUAACGUACUACUAUGCACCAUUUAGUGGUAGAUAAUUAUCUUUUCCCUUUGAGGGUACUGCCCCAGUGACAAGCUGUUAUACCCCUGAAGGUUCAGUUUUUGCCCAUUUUUCUUGACAGUGUAGCUCUGAUGUUUUCAUCUUUUCUGUGUUUUGGAGGUUUCGGAUGUUAAAGUCUCAGAAACCUCAAUGACUUAUCACAUAGUACAUGUGGUAACUACGUAUGACUACAAAGUCAAAUGUGUGUCUAGUUGUUUUUAAAGAGGUUGAUGCACAUUGCAUCAAUUGUUGCUCCUAACGUGUAGCAAACUAUACCUUGGCUCAUAGGCUGCAGAUUCAGUUUGGACAGAAGCUGAAAUGUAAUUUGAGCUUUCUAAAUGUAGUUUUAUGUAAUUACAGUCAUUAAGGAUCAGCCCUGUUUUCAAUGUUCAGAGUAAUUUUGUAGUUAGUAAGUCUGCUGCUAAUUGUUCAUUCAAUUCCACUCUACCACAGAAUCGCUUUAAAUUGUAAUAGACGUGCUUCCUUGUCUCCUGCAGACUUUUUCAUUGUACUUCUGUGUUUCAGUUAUCAGGGAUGGGAAUCCCCUGAUACGUUUUAUUACAGUACGUUUUUAUGUUUUUAUUAUGUCAAGCACUACAAUUUGACUCUGACGCAUUGCAAUUUCUGAAUCUUGCCACAGUACUGGACAUCAUAUUUAAUUGUGCUGUAAUGUUACGUGUUUUUUUUUUUUUUUUUUUUUUUUUUUUUUUUUUCAGUCUGGUUCUGUUAUGUAAUGCUGUGCCUGUGGAUUUUGACAAUGAAUGUACAAAGGAUAUUUUUCCUGCUAUGCAAAAUUUACUUUAGUCAUCUCAAUGUUCUGCUCUGAAACAAGAGAAUAGUGAAUUCUUUGCACUAAUUAGUCAUGAUUUACAUUUAUAUGUGUCACCCCCAAAAUGUCAUUUAAAUGUGACCAAAUUCACAUUAAGACACUGUCAGUGAGUAUGAGUUUGUCCAGUUUCAUGUUUUCUCUUCAGAGGAGACUAAGCAGAUUUUUAAUUAUAGUAUCUGUUUGCAAAGAUGUUCCAUUAGCAUGAGCGUUUGUGCAUUAUGUUGUUGUUAUGCUGUUUAAUGUUUCAUUUCUAAAAACAUCAUAUUCAACUGCUGUAACGUAGUUUGUCACACUUGUAGUUCAAGAUGUCCAAGUAGCAACAAGCAACAUGUUUAUUACCUGCCAGUGCCUUAUAAUCAUUAAUGUGAACAGGAAAUAAGUUCUCAGUGUUGUAUUGGCAAAUGUAAUGAAAAAAGAUGUACUUUCUGCUCCUUGACCCUUAAACAUUCAUUAAAAUAAAAUGAUAAAUGUG